AUGGCCCCUCCCAAUAAGAAUCCCAACGGCUACUACGUCGAGUCCUUCCCCGCCCCCGGCCUCCGUCAAAUCGUCCGGCACAUCACCGGCCUCAACAAGCAGGGUGAAUCCGUCUUCCUGCACUCCGACCACGGCGACCACCACCGCUUCAUGGUCCAGAACCAAGCUAUCUCCAACCUGCUAUACUCCACGCAAGAGACACCGGUCGAUCUCAACAACAAUAUUGAUAUCCAAAAAGCUAAGGAGAAGGAGCCCCCCUUCCACUACAAAUCCGGCUCCAUAGUGCGCAUGAUCGACUUCGGCCCGGGCGUCGAGUCCCCCCUCCACCGGGCCAUGACGAUCGACUACGGCAUCAUUGUCGAAGGCGUGUUCGAGUUGAUCCUAGACUCGGGCGAGAAGCGGAUCAUGCGCCAGGGGGAUGUAAGCGUGCAGAGAGCGACGGCGCACAAGUGGGUGAAUGUCACGGGGAACGGGACGCUACCCGGGAGGGUGAUGUGGGUGUUGUUGGAUUGCAAGGAGGUGGUGGAUGCAAAGGGGGAGAAGGUCGAGGGGUAUUUGGGAAGCUUGCAGGAGCAUUACGAGGGGCGGUAG